AUGCAAAACGCUGCAGCUACUCAACCGGGCAUGCUCAAAAGUACUGAUAAUGUGACUCCCCAACAAGCAACUAGUACCGCACAAACAAAUAAUGCUGGCCAAGUUGGCAAACCUGGUGCUUUGAACAAAAACCUCCUUGCAGCAUUCCAAGGACCUGAACAGAAAAAUGAUCAGGUGAAUCAAUCUAAUAAGCCCCAACCAGCGCCGAAAAUAAGUAUAACAACAUCUCAACCAAAUUCUGAUCAAAAAACACAAGUCAACAAUAUUAUUACCCAUCAACCCGUAACUACUACCUCACCACCUAAUAAUCCAUCUCAAGCCAACAAGCCUCAACCACUGCCCAAAAAACUUAAUCUGUCUUUCCAAACGACCACCGAACAAAAUAAUAAUCCGACAUCCGACAAGCCGCAACCGACGACGAAAAAAGUGAGUCUAACAAUAUCAAAAGAAAAUCCUACAUCGAUUUCCGGACAACAAACAAAUAUUUCUCAACCGAUACAAUCGAAAACAUUUGAACUGUCUUUUCAGACAGGUAAAGAUCAAAACAAUGCUCAAUUUAAUCGAUCUCACGCAACUACAGCCCAAUCGGCUACCGGAUUGAAUAAUAUUCCGACAGGACAAUCUUACAACCCUCAGCCACAAACAAAUAACUCUCAACCAGUACAAUCCAAAACAUAUAAUCUGUCUUUUCAGACAGCUAAAGAACAAAACAAUAGUCAAUUUAAUCCAGCCAACGCAACUCAAAUGCCACCGAAAGAGAAUCUAAUGACUUCCCAGCAGACUAGCGGAUUGAAUAAUAGUCCGGCGGGACAACCUUACAACUCCCAGUCACAAACAAAAACAGAAUUCCAGUCGACAAGCCAAACAAACCAACAACCUCACACACCUGAUGAAAAUACAACAAAUGAAAGAAGGAGAAGAAAUAAGAAUAUAAAUGUCGAUUGCUGUUGUGACGAAAGCUGUUGUCUUUACAACUGCUGUUGCUGUGAGGCGAUAAGCAACUGCUUUAAAAGUUGUUUCGACGGUAUAGCAUCAUGUUUUUCCGCUAUGUGCUGUUGUUGCAGCAGUGGAGAGAGUGGUGGUGACGGCGACGGGGACUGCUGUACGUGUGCAGAUGGUUGCUGUGAUGAAGACUGUUGCACUUGUUGCGCAGAUGCAUGUUGCGGUUGCUGCGAAGAUUUCGAUUGGGGAGAAUGCUGUGAAAACUUUUGGGUUUCUUUGUUUAGUUGUGGUGGUGAAUAA